AUGAGACAGCCUCAUUUGACAAACCUCGAGGCCACGCCUCUUCAUGCGGACUUCAUCCCUAGCCUGCAGCAGCCCACACAGCAGAUUCUCUGGAUUGGAUGCUCGGAUAGCUGCUUCCAAGAAACCAAGAUUCUGGACCUUCUCCCCGAUGAGAUGAUGGUACACCGGAAUAUGGGCAACAUGAUAAUUGACGGCGACCUUUCCUGCGAAACUACUGUCAAGCACGCUGUGAGCGAUCUGAACGUGCGGCAUAUCGUUGUUUGUGGUCAUUAUGGAUGUGGAAUCGUGAAAUCGGAAUCAAGAGACGGAUUGCAGGGGCCUUGGUCAAGCAAGCUCGACUCCCUCCAUUCGAUGCACAAGCACACAAUCGACCAGCUUCCUUGCUCAGAGCACGAUAACGCAUUUGUCAAAUUAAACGUUCUCGAUCAACUGCGCUCUUUGCGCCGAUUCCCCGAGGUCGCCCGCGCUGCAAAGACGGGAAGUCUACAGCUGCACGGAAUUGUGUACGAUACGAAGACUGGAACUGCCUCCCGACUCCUCGAAGAAUCGUGA